UCACUUCAACCACCUCAACCUUUACUCUCCCAACAAAUCCUCCUCUGUUCCCGAACCAAGUCUGCGAUCAACAAAAAACCUGUUUCUAUACUUCAGUCACCAAAGCAACUCUACCACUAGACAUCAUCAUGGCCACCAUCCGUGAACUCAACCAAGCUGCUCCCUUUUGGGAAUUCAUCGCCAACGUGGAAGAACAAGGCCUUCCUCACCCCUUCUUUGCCGGCUUCAAUCACAACCACAUCUCCCACGACGAGACCGACAACGAUAAGCAUUUCUCCGGCCCCGGAGGCUUUUCCCUUCCUCAUCGUGGCCGGCACGGCCCUCAUCACCGCCACCGUCACCACCGCGGAGAGCCCAUCACUGAAGACGAAGAGCCUACGCAGGACGAGGCCCACGAGGAAGACGACUCUGCUUCCUCUUCCUCAGAGGAUGGGGAUGAAGACCACGACGAACCCAGAAAGUGCAAGCGCCACGGUCGCCAUGGCGGUGGUUUCCACAUGAAGGGAGGAAAGGGCCGCCACGGACGCGAUGGUCAUGGACCCGGACCCCGGGGCCCCGGUCCAUGGGCCGGAGGUAAGUUCGACCACCCACACCCGGCUGCCUUCGGACCUUGGGGAGGUGACUUCCACGGACCUCACGGUGGCUUUGGUCACGGACCUCACGGCCGGUUUUCACCUUAUGGACGCGGCAAGCACAUGCGCGGCGGAUUCAAGCAUGGAGGCCGGGGUGGACCGCGUGGCUUUGGUCCUUUCGGAUUCAGGGAGCACGGCCACAAGCACCACCACAAGCAUCACCAGCCCGGAGCCUUUGUCCACCCUGAGGUGGAUGUUUUCGACACUCCCGACAUCUUUCUCGUGCACGUGUCGCUACCCGGCGCCAAGAAGGAGGCAGUGGAGGUCAAGUGGGACCCGAAGAAGUUCGAGCUCAAUGUGAGCGGCUCGAUCGAGCGCCCUGGGGAUGAGGAACUGUUGAAGACGUUGGCGCUGGAUGAACGUCGCGUCGGGACGUUUGACCGGAAAGUGCGCCUGGGGAGUGUGUACCAGCCGGUGGAGAUCAAUGUUGAGGGGAUCACAGCCGAGAUGGAAAAUGGCGUGUUGAGUGUGAGGCUGCCGAAGGUGGAGGCCGAUGUGGUCAUGGUGACCCGGGUGGAUGUGCAGUGAUUUCAACAUCUUGGGAAUUUCUGAGAGUUUGGAGUUCGGUUUUCUGCUUGGAUACUAGCUGAAUAACGUUCUGAUCUAAUAUAAAUGGGUCUUUGACCCUACCUCAACAUCUUUGAUGGCUCUCGCCGCCUUUCCGGCUGGCAUUCCGUAGUCAGUCG